GACAUUAAUGGCUGCUGGUGAUACUCUGAAAACUACAAAACCACUUUUUAGUGUUUCUUGAAAUUCAUUCACAAACCAAAAUUCAUCCUUUCUCUCAAUUCUCCUUCUCUGCAAAUUUCCAAAUAAAUAACAUUUCAUAGAUCCAUGUUGCUUCAUCAGUAAACCUUAGAUCAAAUUUAGAUUAUUUUUAUAGAAAAAUUAAUUUAGGGUUUUUGUUCCUCUCCGCCGGAGAUUCACCAGCUGUGGCUGCCGCACGCCGUCUUCCUUCCGAUUCCGGUGCCUUCGCCGACUGGGUGGCUCCUCCCUCUGCCAUCGUCGCCGAUGAACUCUCCCUCGGUUUCAAUUCCGCCUCCACCAUUCCACCACCUCGGAUGUGGCCCUCAUCCAGACCCCUCACCAUCGGUUAUAACCACACGCCGGCGCCGACGCCGGACAUGGUGGGUCUCAUGGCCUCAGGCUUCGGAGUUGGCGUUAGCGUUUUGCCUCUGCUUUCAGGCCUCGCGCCGUCAAGUGUAGGAAUUGAAGAAGCUAAUUUAAUGAUCAGCCGUGGUGGUGGCGGCGACGACGGUGGCGGCGGAAUUCAAUUCAAUGGGAAUAAUUUAGAUGGGUUUGGGAUUUUGGGAGGUGGGUCGAGUUUGAAUUCCGGGGUCGGAACUUGCCAUGAUUGUGGGAACCAAGCCAAGAAAGAUUGUAGUCACCGGCGGUGCAGAAGCUGCUGUAAAAGCCGUGGGUUUGAUUGUUCAACUCACGUGAAAAGCACGUGGGUGCCAGCAGCUCGAAGGAGAGAACGUCAGAUGAUGGGCGCAGCGUCGGAUGCAGCGGCCGGUGGGACCUCGUCGGGGUCUACGUCCGGCGGGAAGAAGCCGAGGUUGAUUGCUUCACAGACGACUACUAAUUCUCAUACUUCCACUUCAAAUACUCCAACACCAAGCUUUGACGCUUCCUCAGCCGCUGAUAUGAGUAGUAAAAAGGCAAAAAAGCUGCCGGAACAAAUCCGAGCGCCUGCGGUGUUCAAAUGCGUGCGGGUAACAGCAGUGGAGGGUGGCACUAGCGGCGGAGGGAAUGAAUAUGCAUAUCAAGCCGUCGUUAAGAUCGGCGGCCAUGUUUUUAAAGGUUAUUUGUACGACCAUGGAGUAGAAGCUAGAGAUGGGUUUCCGAUGAUGUCGAAUUUGCAUCUUGGAGAUGGCGGUUCAACUUCGUCACCGGUCAUUGAUCCUGCUGAUGUUUACGGCAGCUCCACCACCCGCGGUGGGGGACUGGCUGGAGGCUCCGGCUAUGGUAAUUCCAUAAAUUGAUCCAUAUUGUUUAAACAUUUUAAUUUCAAUGCUGGGUUUAUAGCUUUUGAAUUUGUUUAGUGGAAAAAUAAGGGAUAGGAAGAGGAGCCCUUACUUUAUGCAUGCUUUACUUUUAUUUGUAUAUUUAUAUUGCUUACAAAUAUAAAUAUAUUCUAUUAAUAUUUCAUUUUGAA